AUGAAGCAUGAGUGUAAUCUUCAUCCUCUACACGUGCCUUCUUUGGUACACCGCUUACCGUCAUCGUUUAAAUCCGCCGUUGAAACCGGUCACUGGGACAGAACAACUUCUUUUCCAAGUUUCGUAUUUAAUUCUAACGUGGAUGAAAUUGUUGCUCGAGAGCAUACAAAUAUACAGAGAAUUGGGGUUGUGCCUGAUGUUUUUAGUGUCAAUGUUUUGGUUCAUUCGUUGUGUAAAUUUGGUGACUUGGAUUUGGCUUUAGAAUAUCUUAGGAAUGAUGGUAUUGAUAUUGAUAAUGUUACUUAUAAUACUGUUGUUUGGGGAUUCUGUGAGAAAGGGUUGGUUGAUCAGGGUUUUGGUUUGCUGUCUGAAAUGGUUAAAAGGGGUUUUGGUUUAGGUGUUGAUUCGUUCACUUGUAAUAUACUAGUUAAGGGUUAUUGUAGAAUUGGAUUGGUUCAAUAUGCUGAAUGGGUCAUGUACAACUUGGUUGAUGGUGGGGUUUCGAAAGAUGUUACUGACUUGUUGCAGCAGAACAGAUUGGAGGAACUUCAAGUUGUUCUAGAGCCGUUCGGCAAAGAUAAGGUCUCGCCAAGGGAGACAUCGAUUUGGUUAGCGAGGAGUCUUAAGGGAAUGAUGUUGGACGAAAACGGAAGACUUCUUUCAUUGUUAAAUAUUAUAGGAAACAUCCAAACUAGUCCUCAAGAAAAUAUACAGAAAACACAGAAGGUGGAAAAAACCAAGUAA